AUGGUCAUCUCAGGACUCAGUCUCUUCGGAGUCUACGGACUCAGUGACUGGGACACCCCCAAAAGGAAGAAGAAGCUCAACCUGGACUUCAAGAAGCAAUGGUCAUCUCAGGACUCAGUCUCUUCGGAGUCUACGGACUCAGGUGUUGGCCCGGACUACUCCCCCAUGGAGACAGAUGUGGAGAUGUUUCCCGAGGAUCUGGAAUCGCUUCCCCUUCGGAGAAUCAAGUCCUUACCGGUGAGGCUCCUGGGCUCCAGCCCCGUCCUCAGGAACAUUUCGCAUUGCAAGCAGUGCAACGGCCCCGGGCAGAACCCCCCGGCUGCCCCCCAAAGCACCACGGAACAUGACGGGGCUGUUUUUAAGAAGCCCUCCCGGCCUACGAGCCGACUCACCGGGGGCCAGGGGGACAGGGCUCCCUUCGCCCAAAGACCCAACUCUGCCCCGCAGCUGAUGUUCUGCAGCCCCCAGAAGGAGAACGUCAAUCCGGAGAGCCCGGUCUACCUGCGCCGAUCCUCCUUGACGUCCUUCAUGAACGACGAUGAUGAUGACGGCUUUCUGGAAGUCCUCGACGAAGAGGAGCUGAAGGUGGACGGCGACAUUCCUUCAGGCAUGGAGAACCUGCUGACGGCACCGCUGGUGAAGGCGAACGUCGAACCCGCCCCGGUGGUGUCCAGGAGCUCCCGGUGCCAGCGCCUCUUCCGCUCCCCCUCCAUGCCCAGCACCGUCAUCCGGCCCAUCCUGAAGCGGCUGGACCGGGCCCAGGAGAAAGACAGCCCCGUGAAGACCAAGCGGCGGAAGAGCCUCACCGGCAGCGCCAUUGUGGAGAAGCCGGAGGAGCCGGUGCCUCGGCUGUUCCGCUCCCGUUCCUGCUGUCCCUUGGAGAUUGGCAACAUCUUGGACCAGGACCAGCGCGAGCUGAUUGGCGACUUCUCCAAGGCUUUCGUUCUCCAGACCGUGGAAGGGAAACACCAAGAUCUCAAGUACAUUUCUCCAGAAAUGAUGGUGGCGGUCCUGAACGGCCAGUUCAACAGCCUCAUUGAAAACUGUGUGAUCGUGGACUGUCGAUACCCCUAUGAAUACGAAGGCGGCCACAUCAAGGGGGCUGUGAACCUCCCCCUGGAGAAGGACGUGGAAGACUUCCUUCUCAAGAGGCCCAUCGUCCCCUCGGAUGCUGCCAAGCGGGUCAUCGUGGUUUUCCACUGCGAGUUCUCGUCGGAAAGAGGACCCCGGAUGUGCCGUUUCGUUCGGGAGAAAGACCGUGCUUACAAUACAUAUCCGUCUCUCCACUACCCGGAGCUCUACGUCUUGAAAGGGGGUUACAAAGAAUUUUUCCCCCAAUAUCAGAGUCACUGCGACCCGCAGAACUACCGCCCGAUGCACCACAAGGAUUUCAAGGAGGACCUGCGCACUUUUCGUCUGAAAAGCCGCACCUGGGCCGGAGAGAAGAGCAAGCGAGAACUCUACAAUCGUCUGCAGAACUGCUGA